CUGACGAUAUCUUAAAUGCCUUUAGGAUCAAUCCUAAAUCUUUCUCUUUCUCUCUCUUGUCAUCUUCAGCUGCGUAUCUGCAGCUGCCACUUCUCGGGUGGAGAAAAGAAAGAGGGGGACGUCCCCGUGCCUGACCCAGAGGUGGACGAACCUAUCAACAUUGACAUCAGUGCCGCAACAAACAACAGCAACAGUAAUCAUAGCUCGCCUUCGCGCUGCCUUAUGGAUAAACAGAAGCGGGCCGCAAAGCGCCAAAGAAUGUCCGUAGAGAGGAUCGUUGAAGGAAUCCGUCACCCUGCUACCACCGCUGCCUCCAUGCCUGCAGCCACCCCUGCUCAAGGUCGUCCGUUGGUGGCGCUCUUAGAUGGCAGGGAUUGUAGUGUUGAGAUGCCAAUCCUCAAGGAUGUGGCCACUGUGGCUUUCUGCGAUGCUCAGUCCACUACAGAGAUACAUGAAAAGAUGAACCAAGUCCAACCAUGCUGCUAUACAGUCCAAGCUGCUUAA